AUCUUACUAUCUUUACAUCUGCUACUGCUAUAAAACCAAGUCAGUGAUCAAUUUAACUACACCCAACUACAAAUCAUCUUGUAAUUUGCACUUCUUAGCACCGCUUGGUAGACUACUUGGAAGUUGGAGCUAAGAUAGACACAAAAUAUCUGCGUGAGAAAAAAAGGAUGGAAAUGGAAUUAAAGAAAUCGGCUGGGUGUUUCGCUAUACUGUGUGUGUAUCUGCUUACUCGGAUAUCGGGUCAGUCCUCUAUACCGGAGAGGCAGGACGGGUUCUGGUACGGCGGCAAACCGGCCGACGAGGGUGGCGCGCUGAUCGAGGCAUUUUUCGACCCGGUUUGCCCCGAUUCGCGUGAUUCGUGGCCGCCUCUUAAGGAUGCCUUAGAGCAGUACGGCUCUCGAGUCACGCUCGUCGUUCACACUUUCCCUUUGCCUUAUCAUGACAAUGCUUUUGCCACUUCUCGGGCGCUUCAUAUAGUUAAUAACCGCAACAGUUCAGCCACUUACCACUUACUAGAGGCAUUUUUCCAUCACCAGGAACAGUUUUACGGCAAGGCUACAUUUAACUUGUCGAGAGCAUCUGUUGUAGACAAGAUUGUUCAAUUCUCAACAAAGGCACUCGGAGAUUCAUACGGGUCCACAAUCAAAGCUGGCUUCAAUGACACCAAAACAGACCACGCAACAAGAGUUGCUUUCAAGUUUGGUUGCUUACGAGGGGUUUAUGGGACACCUUUCUUCUUUGUCAAUGGCUUUCCACUACCAGAUGCUGGGUCGACUCUAGACUAUGCCGGGUGGAGAAAGGUGUUGGACCCUUUAGUAGUAAAAAAGGGAGAGAACUUGGUACGUGCCUUGUAAAGUGAGUAGAUGAUUUGUAGGACCUCUGCUUCUCUCUCUUUUU